UUCUAGGGCAUCUGAGAACUUCUUUGCGCGAGUAGGGUUUGCGCAGCAUUGGAUAGAUCCGGAGUGGCGGAAUGGCUGCUGCCAACAUCGGGAUGAUGGACAGCGCCUAUUUCGUGGGGCGCAACGAGCUCCUGGCGUGGGUGAAUUCGGUGCUGCAGCUCAAUCUCUCCAGGGUUGAGGAGGCGGCCUCUGGUGCUGUCCACUGUCAACUGAUAGAUUCUGUCCAUCCUGGUGUUGUUCCGAUGCACAAGGUGAAUUUUGAUGCAAAGACCGAGUAUGAGAUGAUCCAGAACUACAAAGUACUUCAGGAGGUCUUUAACAAGCUUAACAUUAACAAGCAUAUUGAAGUGAACAAGCUUGUCAAAGGCCGGCCAUUAGACAACCUGGAGUUUAUGCAAUGGAUCAAGAGAUACUGCGACUCUGUUUCUUCGUCUCCAAACUACAAUCCCGUGGAAAGAAGAGAAACUUCUAAAGGCGGUGUUGGUGCGGGGAAGAAGGUUGGCUACAAACCAUCGAGUUCGAGACCUUGCAGUGCAGCAACAGCUGUUCGUAAUUCAGGUGGAUAUGUUAGCAAAUCUGCUAGACCAGGAGCUGGUUCAGGAAUCAUGGUUCCAGGCUCAGCUCAAAUCAAGGCUCUCAACGAACAGGUUGCGGAUUUGAGGCUCUCGGUGGAUAGCUUGGAGAAGGAACGGGACUUUUACUUCGCCAAGCUCCGAGACAUCGAGAUCCUGUGCCAGAGCUCAGAUGUGGAAGGUCCCGAGAUCAUUCCAGCAAUCCAGAAAAUUCUCUACGCGACCGACGAGAACGCUGGAGCUACUGAUGGAGAAGAGCUCCCUCCGGAUUUAGCCGCCGACGAUUACAAUCCGGAAUCCGAGGCUCACGAUGGCGGAGAAGCUGCUUGCGACGACGACGAUGAUCCAUCCGGCGAGAAAUGCGUCCCGCAAGUGAGAGUCUCUUGUAGUGGCUCCUGUCACAGUGACGAGUUCCUCUCAUCAGCAUCUCCAGUAAGUGUAAACUAGACAAAAAUCUCAAGGAAAAGUUCCACCCAAGUACUCUUUGUAACUCGAGUUCCGUACGGGGGUGAAAAGAGGAUAAUAUAUGUAAGUUUUACCAGAAA